UGGGCGUGACCGGCCCGAGUUGUUUUUUUUUUUUCCAUCCGAAGAGAACAGACGAUCCUACUUGAUUGUGGUGGAAAAUUCUCGAAGUUUCUGCGUGGAUACAAAACAGAAUGGAUCCUCAGCGAAGACCGAGACUGCGGAGUAAACGCUAGACGACUGACGUCCCAUCUCUCACCGCUAAUCGGACUGAACCACACCGUAGCUAGAUGGUCAAAAUGGGCAAAGACUACUAUAGCGUCCUGGGCAUACAGAAAGGAGCGAGCGAAGAUGAAAUCAAGAAGGCGUAUCGCAAGCAGGCUCUGCGUUACCACCCGGACAAAAACAAAUCACCCCAAGCCGAAGAAAAGUUUAAAGAAGUCGCUGAAGCCUAUGACGUUCUAAGCGACCCGAAGAAGAAGGAUAUUUACGACAAAUACGGUGAAGAAGGGCUGAAGGGAGGAGGUCCCGCGGGAGGUGGCCCCGGGGGCCCCAGUUUUAGCUACACCUUCCAGGGCGACCCCCACGCCAUCUUCGCCGAGUUCUUCGGUGGGCGGAGCCCCUUCGACCAGUUCUUCUCACGGAACGGCGGGGGCAUGGACGCGGAAGACAUGGACACGGACGACCCCUUCGCGCGCUUCGGGAUGGGGGGCGGGGGCAUGGGGGGCUUCCCGCGCUCCUUCAGCUCCGGGAUGGGCGGGGGCGGCCGGCAGAUGGUGGAGAAGCACCAGGACCCGCCGGUGAUCCACGACCUCGGUGUGACCCUGGAAGAGGUGUUCUCCGGCUGCACCAAGCGAAUGAAGAUCUCCCACAAGCGGCUGAACCCGGACAGGCGCACCUCCCGGACGGAGGACAAGAUCCUGGAGGUGGAGAUCAAGAAGGGGUGGAAGGAGGGGACCAAGAUCACCUUCCCCAAAGAGGGCGACGAGACGCCCACUAACAUCCCGGCGGACAUUGUUUUUGUGGUCAAGGAUAAGCCACACCCUGUGUUCCGACGAGACGGCUCUGACAUCGUGUACCCAGCCAAGAUCUCGCUCCGAGAGGCGCUCUGUGGCUGCACCGUCCAGGCCCCCACUCUGGACGGCCGGACGGUAACCGUGUCGACGAGGGACGUGGUGCGCCCCGGGAUGAAACGGCGCAUCACGGGGGAGGGGCUUCCUCUGCCCAAGCGGCCGGACCGCCGAGGCGACUUGCUGGUGGAGUAUGAAGUCGUGUUCCCGGAGAGACUGAGUCAGAGCGCCAAGGAUACCAUCGCGCAGGUUCUCCCGUCCUAGUGGGGCCUCCCUGAGUUGGUUCGGUUAGAAGCGAUUGUCGCCACGGCGAAACACUUUUGCGUCCGUUUCGCUACGGUAUCCAGUAAAACGGACCGGGUGGCGCCGACGAACUGUUGGGAGCCCCCAGCGUGAGUAACGGCCCUCUCCCGACGGGACGCUGGCCACUCCACUCGCUUUCCGGAACAUUCUUGGCCACCUUCCGACAUCCCUGCUGGUGAUCCGUCGCGGGAGGCCGUCCACGCCCACCGCUGUGUCCUCUCAACGGGACGUGUUCAAGAAGCUGCCACUUUCCGCCAACGCUUGACAACCUGAUGACUUGAACUCUUCGGACCUCACAACAACCCGGACGUGUUUUCAGAAUAGACGAGGCGUUGUCAUCUGGGCCUGAUCCGGGACCUGUUCCUACGUCAUAACUCCAGGACUCAGAACCAGAGACCGGGGGGAUUGUUCUUCCUUUAGCAACCUGCAGUGUCCUAUAAUUUUGCUUUUCCAGCAGUGUAUAUUUCUAUGUCUGUUAUAUACAUAGGGUGUGGGCUUAAAUUGCUUCCUAUGCCCUACAAAGUGUACUUUGUAUGGCUAGUGCACUAGUUUGGGUAUAAGCAUUCGUUUGUUUAGGUUUUUUCCUCUUUUGUUGGUCAGAUUUUUUUAAGAUGGCGUCUUCUGUUAUGACAGAAAUGCUGCUGCUGGAAUGUAUAGAAAUAUGAUCUAGAGUGCAGUCAGUGACUGGCCCGUUUCUAUGCCGGAAUGUUCUUUGUUGGUUUUGUGGUUCUGUGUUUUGCACUUAGCGUGUGUGAGUUGUAGGUGUACUUUGUGUAUGUGUGUAGUUAAUGGGAAAUGAGUGGUGUAUGUGAGUUGAUUGGAUCUAUUUGUUGUGCAUGGUGUACACUGCAGAGUCAAACCCCACGCCACUGUUCGUUUCCAUAGUAACAUGUUCCUGUUACCGGUUGUCUCAGAAUGCAAAGGUC